CGUCAGCUCCACGCGGUGAUGGCCCCAACGUUGGCCUGUCGUCGGGGACGAGGACGGUGUCAGGAUGGUAACUGCAGCCGUGCAGUGUUGUGGGGACGGGCGAUGCUAAUACUAGGAUGAGUUCUCACCUAUGACGUCCGAGCAUGAAUUUCGCUUGAGACGGACUGAAGGAAACCCCGCCAGCACAGUAACUAUUCUUGCAACAAGGGUUGCAGUGCAUCCCAGCCGAUGCGCUGACAUGGUUUUUUCAAGUUAGACAAUCUUUCCAAUUCCCACCAAGUCAAAUACCUUCCCCCAUCUCCCUAAUAUCAACAUCGUCAUGUACUACCGCCAGCAGGCGACGUCUCAUGCGAGGAGGGACGAUUCAGACGCUGGUCAUACCCCCGAUCAUGAUUCUCAGCCCAAUCAACGGCUGCCUCCUAUCAAUUCAAUGUCAUUACCUGGUAUGAUUCGGGAACAGGAUUACCGUACUUUUAGUCCUGCAGUACCUGCACCGGGGUAUCCUUCCUCUUCCUCCCAAUUUCUCUAUCCGUCGCAACACCAACACCUUCAGCCGAGCCUCCAGCCUCACCUUUCUUCGUGGAACCGGCUGCCGUACCUGCUGGACCAGUCUGGUGAUCCGUCUCCAGGGAGAGAUCAUAUGCACCGGUUUACCCCACAGCAUCAACAUCACCCGGACUCGCUUCACCGCACAGAAGAUACUUCCGCCGCCACCGCUACUUUCAUGCCGGAGGAUGUGCCAUUCUCGAAUACUGCGCAGCUGGAGUCUAAUCUAAUGAUGACUCGACAACGCCCGAUGGCUGAUCAUCCUCCCGUUCCAUACCCGUCGCACCAAGUACAAUCGUCCCAGUCGCCCCCACGGGCUCAGGAGAGUCCAAAUUCACGCAGGAUGAAACCUCGCAUCGGACUGGCCCCGGAUCAGCCGCUAACAACUCAGGGUAAACCGCGAGCGAGAGUCUAUGUAGCAUGUGUGCAGUGCCGGACGAGGAAGAUUCGGUGCGAUGGUGCGAAACCGGCAUGUCACAAUUGUACGCGCCGCGCCAAGGCGGAUGAUGAGUGCACGUAUGACGCGGCUCCGAAACGAAGGGGGCCUGAUAAGGUACCUGGGGCAAGGCAACGCGUAUCAAGGGAGACGAGAACGGAUAGGGGUUCAGGAAAUGUCCGCAGGCGGCGGAGAAGGGGAGACGAGGGCGAUGCGAAUAAUGGGAGUAACACUGCGUUUUCGGAUGACGCUAGUGAGAGAGAUGAAGGUAUCGGUUGUGGUUCUCCUCCCAUCCGACCACCUUCCCUGGUGCUAGAUCCACAGUUGUCAGACAUGACGACCUUUGUAGGUGGUAUUGGCGGAGUUGUGGCGGCGACUCCGCUUGCAGCGUCACAGAUCUCUCGCAGUACUCCGACGUCAACAUCCACGGCCGUAUUGGAUGGAGGGUUGGGGUCAGUAAUCUUAAGUUCUGCAGAGGGUUUUGCUGAAGAGAUAAUGUACGCAACGAACAGCCAGAGUUUAAACAACACCCAAGUAUAUGAUCCAUCAAUACUACCACUCCCACCGCUACCAGGGAGUGUCUUUGAGAACAGAGAUGUAGUACAAUAUUUCAUACGACAGCAACCGCCGCAGAACUCGGAAGAAGCAAUCACGCUUUCUUCCGAACCCUCCCUCGAGUUUGUUCGCAAGACAUGGUGGGAGUCGCUCUUGGCCGUAUACUCGACUGACUUGCCUCUUUUCCCAAAUGCGCUCACGGCCAUGCAACGUCAUCACGCUUCUUCAUGGAUUACAGCAGACCUUCGUUUUCUUUUCCGCACGUCUAGUUACUGGUUUUCGUUCAUCAACGUCCCUUCUUUCCUGUCCACCUUCAUGGACCCCCAGAAAAGAGAGAAGAUGCAGCCAAGCUUUGCUUAUGCUACCUUAGCAGUCGCAACGCUUCUUCAGAGUUCGGAAGUCGGAACGGGAAGCGAAGGCAGAGAGAAGGCGUUAAGAUUGAGGGAUAUGGCACAGGGGGCGCUGGAGGCAAGUCUCUGUGCGCGGUGGGUGGAUGAGGAGGUAGCGCAGGCUGCUUGGCUCCUUGCCUUUUUUGAACUCUGUCCCCAUCCGCGCCACGCGGGUGAACGAACCAGGUCUAGCCUGCUCAUGCUUGACAGUAUCAUUCGCGUACUUUCGCUUGCGACCCUCGACAAGGAAAAUCCUGCCGCUGUGCGCUUCAACCGCAACACUGUCCCUGUGGUCCUGUGUCCGCGUCAGACCUCUCCCUCGUCUUUGUCCUCUUCGCGGUAUGAUGCAAACGAGGGCGUAAACGCGUUCGAUGGGAUGUCGCAGUCCUACCCCAUUCAUGGCUGUGCUUGCGCUUCUCUCUCACUUGGUCAAAGCUGGCCUGCAUCUCACGAACACGCGCCGCUUUUGGUUGCUACUCCCGGGUGGGACGAUGCUUGGACGUCCGGAGAGAUCAGAAAAGAAACCUGUAGGAGGUUGUGUUGGCAUUCGAUGAUGCUUACGGCAGGAUUUUUGUCAUAUAUACACUCUGCGCGACUAGAUCCUCCGGAUUUGUUCAUUGGAGAACCUGCAAAUAUCGCCCUCCUUUUCCCCGCCGAAGCAAUGAUUUCACGUUAUGAGGCGCACUGGGUCAGGGAUACAGUGUGGGCGUUGAACUACCGCACAACCCUCCUCUGGCACAGUUGUCUGCGAUUGUUACGUGACCCGAAUGUGAGCGAGGCGGACCGGGCGAGAUUCGGUGUGAACGCGUGGCUUGAGGCAGAUAUACUUGAGCAGGCACUCGACUCCCAUACUUGUGGGAUGGAGAGUUCUUAUUACCAAGGGCGGGAGUACUUGUUUAACGUGAGAUAUACGAUUUCAAACGAGUUUCAAAAAUACAUUCCAAUCACAACGAUUAAUACGAGUGACUUUUUGCAUCGCGGCAAAGCCGAAGAGUGUUUGAAACAUCAAGCCAAUAUCGCUGAACGCCUUGUGCAGACGAUGGGCGCGUUGACGGGGCGUGCCGGGCAAUUGCUCGCUCACCGACCGCUCUUCACGUUUUGGUUCAUGGGUCAGAUUAAUAGAGCCCUUUCUCUUUGGGAGCGUGAUAAUUCGCUGACUCUCGCCGUGGAUGUGUGUGUCACACUCUUUAAACCGAUUGAUUAUUUAUCUGCGGUGUGGCCGUGCCGAGCGCAAACAGCCAAAGCAGUGGCGCUGAGGGCGUGGUUGGCCCGAGCUUGCGAGGUAACGGGGAGACCUCCGCCGCCCCCUGGUCCUCUAAGUGUCUUGUAAACUUGUAGCAGUAUGUUGCUCUCUUCUUGCUAUCUGCCUGUGUAUUCUUUCUGUCUUGGUUUCCGUGUAGAAUUAAGUAUUCCGAUGCUUUGUUGUUCGUAGAGUAUUUUUGAUGUAAUGGAUUAUGCAUCUAGAUUAG